AUGCGGACUGCCCGCACUGACCCCCAGGAAGAGCCCUGGCCAGUCCAGCCGGGGGUGCAGCCGGCCGGGCGUCCCACGGUGGAAGGGGCUGGGUCCAGCAGCGACCUCUCUUCUCCUGGCACCAUGCUCGGGCCCUGGCUGCUGCUGCUCCUCUCCUGUGGGGAUGCCCUGCUCGGCGCCGAGUGGGCAGGACUCAAGGGCAACGGCCCUGCCAGGUUCUCCUCCACUGGCACACCACCCGGCCCCUCUGGGCUCAGGGCUCCCACCUCCCACAAGUACCGCCGUGAGGCCGUGAGGCUGCAGGAGGCCACGGAAGCCCUCGGAGCUGGCAGCCUGGAGCCCUUCACACGACCUGCUGGGCCCCAGCUCACCCGCGGGCCACUCGUGGCCCUUCUGUGCCUGGACUUGGCCUUCCUGAGCAGGGCCUGGGGGCAGGGCUCAUCCCCACUGUGUCCCCAGCCUGCAGGUCUGGAUGACAGCCCCUCAGCGCCCCCAGGCCUCCAGAGGCUGACAGACUCCCCGCAGACAGCUCCGGACAGGGGCUGGUGCUCCACUUGGGGGGCCGGCCACUUUUCCACCUUCGACGGCCACGUGUAUGACUUCUCGGGGACCUGCAACUACAUCUUCGCGGCCACCUGCGAGGACGCCUCGUCCACCUUCAGUGUCCAGCUCCGGCGAGGGCCCAGCGGGAACAUCUCCCGGGUCAUCGUGGAGCUGGGGGCCUCUGUGGUCACCGUCCAGCAGGGGGUCAUCUCUGUCAAGGACGAGGGGGUCGUCAGCCUGCCCUACACGAGCCACGGGCUACAGAUGACGCCCUUCGGCCAGAGCGUGCGUCUGGUGGCCAAGCGGCUGGAGCUGGAGCUGGUGGUCGUGUGGGGCCCGGGCGCCUACCUCAUGGUCCUAGUGGAGAAGAAAAACGUGGGCAGGAUGUGUGGGCUGUGUGGCAACUUCAACGGCCAGCGGACGGACGAGUUUCUGAGCGAGGAUGGCAAACUCCUGGACCCCCACAAGUACGCCGCCCUCCAGAAGCUGGACGACCCCAAUGAGAUCUGCUCCCACGAGGCCAUCCCCAGCCCCCGGGGCCUGCAGGCAGGGCACGCCCAGACCUGCUCCCGGCUGCUGACCCUGGUGUCCCCCACGUGCAACGUGUCCAAGGAGCCGUUCCUGCUGAGCUGCCAGGCGGACAUGGCCGCGUGCGCCCAGCCAGGCUGGCACAACUGCAGCUGCGCCACGCUGUCCGAGUACUCCCGCCAGUGCAGCAUGGCCGGCCAGCCCGUCAGGCCCUGGCGGGGCCCCGGCCUCUGCUCUGUGGGUGAGUGCCCAGCCAACCAGGUGUACCGUGAGUGCGGGGAGCCCUGCGUGCGGACCUGCUCCAACCCACAGCCCAGCUGCUCCGGCUUCUGCACCUUCGGCUGCUUCUGCCCAGAAGGGACGGUUCUGGAUGACAGCUCCAAAAACCACAGCUGCGUGCCUGUGCCCCAGUGCCCCUGCAUGCUGGGCGGGGAGGUCUACGCCCCCGGGGAGGCCGCCACAGCCGCCUGCCAGACCUGCCGCUGCUCCGGGGGCCGCUGGGAGUGCGUGGAGCAGCCCUGCCCCCACCGCUGCGCCCUGGAGGGCGGCUCCUUCGUCACCACGUUCGAUGCCAGGCCCUACCGCUUCCACGGCACCUGUACCUACACCCUCCUCCAGAGCCCCCAGCUCCCCGACGGGGGCUCGCUCCUGGCCGUGUACGACAAGUCUGGGUACUCGCACUCGGAGACCUCCCUGGUCGCCGUCAUCUACAUGUCCAGCCAGGACAAAAUCGUCAUUUCUCGGGAUGAGGUCAUCACCAACAACGGGGACACCAAGAGGCUGCCCUACCACACCCGCAACAUCACGGUGUUCAGGCAGACGUCCACCCUCAUCCAGAUGGUCACCACCUUUGGGCUGGAGCUGGAGGUCCAGCUAAGUUCGGUGUUCCAGGUGUAUGUCACUGUCGGGCCCCAAUUCAGAGGCCAGACCAGAGGGCUCUGCGGCACCUUCAACGGGGACACGACAGACGACUUCACGACCAGCAUGGGCAUCGCCGAGGGCACCGCCUCCCUCUUUGUGGACUCUUGGCGGGCGGGGAACUGCCCGGCGGCGCUCGAGCGUGAGACCGACCCCUGCUCCAUGAGCCACCUCAACAAGGUGUGCGCGGAGACCCACUGCGGGGUGCUGGUGAAGACGGGCACGGUGUUUGAGCAGUGCCACGCCACCGUGGACCCCAAGCCCUUCUACAAGAGGUGCGUGUACCAGGCCUGCAACUACGAGGAGACCUUCCCGCACAUCUGCGCCGCCCUGGGCAGCUAUGCCCUCGCCUGUGCCUCGCGGGGCGUCCUGCUCCAGGGCUGGAGGAGCAGCGUGGACAACUGCACCAUCUCCUGCACGGGCAACCAGACUUUCAGCUACAACAGCCAGGCCUGUGACCGCACGUGCCUGUCACUGUCCGACCGCAAGGUCGAGUGCCACCCCAGCGCCGUGCCGGUGGACGGCUGCAACUGCCCUGAGGGCACCUACCUGAACCACAAGGCCGAGUGUGUGCGCAAGGCCCAGUGCCCCUGCCUCCUGGACGACAACAAGUUCCUCCCGGCCGGCCAGUCCACCGCGGUCAACGGCGUCAUCUGCCACUGCAUCAACGGGCGACUGAGCUGCCCGGCACGGCCCCUGAUGCUCUUGGCGACCUGCUCGGCCCCCAAGACCUUCCAGUCCUGCAGCCAGAACUCCGAGGACAAGUUUGGGGCGGCCUGCGCCCCCACCUGUCAGAUGCUGGCCACCGGCACCCCCUGCGUGCCAACCAAGUGCGAGCCUGGCUGCGCCUGUCCCAGAGGGCUGUAUGAGAACGCCAGCGGGCAGUGCGUGCCCCCCGAGGAGUGCCCGUGCGAGUAUGGGGGCGUGUCCUACCCCCGGGGCGCCGAGCUCCACGCCGACUGUAAGAGCUGCGUCUGCUCGAGGGGGACGUGGACCUGCCAGCAGAGCACCCGCUGCCCUUCCACCUGCACGCUCUACGGGGAGGGUCACGUGGUCACCUUCGACGGGCAGCGCUUCGUGUUUGACGGCAGCUGCGAGUACAUCCUCGUCACCGACGGCUGCGGCGCCAGCGACGCUCAGCCCACCUUCAAGAUCCUGACGGAGAAUGUCGUGUGUGGGAACUCGGGCGUCACCUGCUCCCGGGCCAUCAAGAUCCUCUCGGGGGGCCUGUCCAUCGUGCUGGCGGAUGGGAACUACACGGUCAGCGGGGAGGACCCCGGCGUGCGCUUCCGGGUCAAGGCCGGCUCCCUGCACCUGGAGCUGGACGCCGCCGUCGGCAGCGCCUACAACCUGAGCCUCAUCUGGAACAAGCACAUGACCGUCUUCAUCAAGGUGGCAGGUGCCUCCCAGGACACCCUCUGCGGCUUGUGCGGCAACUACAACGGGAACAUGAAGGACGACUUCCAGACGCGCAGCAGAUACGUGGCGUCGAGCGAGCUGGAGUUCGUGAACUCGUGGAAGGAGAGCCCGCUGUGCGGCGACACCACCUUCACGCUGGACCCCUGCAGCCUCAACACCUUCCGCCAGUCCUGGGCCGAGCGCAAAUGCAGCAUCAUCAACAGCCAGACCUUCGCUGCCUGCCACAGCCAGGUGUACCACCUGCCCUACUACGAAGCUUGCGUGCGCGACACGUGCGGGUGCGACACCGGCGGAGACUGCGAGUGCCUGUGCGACGCUGUGGCCGCCUACGCCAAAGCCUGCGUGGACAAGGGCGUGUGCAUAGACUGGAGGUCCCCGGACUUCUGCCCCAUCUACUGCGACUUCUACAACACCCACGCGCAGGUGGGCGGCGGCGAGUACCAGUACACCCAGGAGGGCAACUGCACAUGGCACUACCAGCCAUGCCUCUGCCCCUCGUGGCCGCAGAGCCUCCCGGGCACCAACAUCGAAGGCUGCUACAACUGCUCCCGGGACGAGUACUUCGACCCCGACAAAGGAACAUGUGUGCCAUGCGCACCGCCGCCCACCACGCCGCAGCCCACGACAGUGGGCAGCCCCCGAAAGCUGGGCAGCAGCCGGGCCCCAGAGAUGGCCUGGGCUGGGCCAUCUCUGCCCGGUGGGGGCACAGGGCUGACCAGGAAGUCGGCCGAGAGGGGACACCCCCUCCUCCACAAAGCCAGGAACAGCCCCGACCACCGGGACAGGACCAACGAUCUCCACUGGAGAGUCAUCAGCAACCACCUCUGCUGUUACCACACGGGCCACACCGACGCGGACUCCCACGGCUACAGCGAGAUCAACAGCCACAGGACCCACGGUGACCCGGGCCACAACGCAGCCCACAGCACCCCCCUCAGCGCCCCAACAGAGUCCCACCCUCCCUCCUCCACCGAGAAGCCCACUGGCACCGCCACGCCAUCCACUCCUGUGCCCGUCACCGGCACGGUGCCCACCCCCACUGCCCCGCCACUGACGACCACCCUCAGCCUGACCACCAACACCCAGAGCCCGGCCAGCACAACCCCAACCCCCACGGCCACCGUGCCACCCUCCGCUUCACCUGACCACACCGUGCCCACGUCCACACCACGCACCACCAGCUCCCCCCAGCCCACCACCGCCAGCACUCCAACACCCCUCACGCACACGGCCACGGCCACCGUCACGGGCACGCACACCCCUUCCACCACGCCCUCCACCCCCACUCUUCCUGCCUCCACCACCUCCCGCGUCACGGCUCCACCCACCGGAACCCCCGUCAGGACCACCACCACCUACCCAACACCAACGAACCCCGAAACACUUCCCAUUACCGAAUCCACACCCGCCACCUCCUCCGUCACGCCAACCUCCCGCACAGUCAGCGCCCCAACAGAGUCCCACCCUCCCUCCUCCACCGAGAAGCCCACUGGCACCGCCACGCCAUCCACUCAUGUGCCCACCCCCACUGCCCCACAACUGACGACCACCCUCAGCCUGACCACCAACACCCAGAGCCCGGCCAGCACAACCCCAACCCCCACGGCCACCGUGCCACCCCCCGCUCCACCUGACCACACCGUGCCCACGUCCACACCACGCACCACCAGCUCCCCCCAGCCCACCACCGCCAGCACUCCGACACCCCUCACGCACACGGCCACCGCCACCGUCACGGGCACGCACACCCCUUCCACCACGCCCUCCACCCCCACUCUUCCUGCCUCCACCACCUCCCGCGUCCCGGCUCCACCCACCGGAACCCCCGUCAGGACCACCACCACCUACCCAACCCCACCACACUCCCAGACCCCUCCCACUCCCCAGUCCACACCCGCCACCUCCUCCGUCACGCCAACCUCCCGCACAGUCAGCGCCCCAACAGAGUCCCACCCUCCCUCCUCCACCGAGAAGCCCACUGGCACUGCCACGCCAUCCACUCCUGUGCCCGUCACCGGCACGGUGCCCACCCCCACUGCCCCGCCACUGACGACCACCCUCAGCCUGACCACCAACACCCAGAGCCCGGCCAGCACAACCCCAACCCCCACGGCCACCGUGCCACCCCCCGCUCCACCUGACCACACCGUGCCCACGUCCACACCACGCACCACCAGCUCCCCCCAGCCCACCACCGCCAGCACUCCGACACCCCUCACGCACACGGCCACGGCCACCGUCACGGGCACGCACACCCCUUCCACCACGCCCUCCACCCCCACUCUUCCUGCCUCCACCACCUCCCGCGUCCCGGCUCCACCCACCGGAACCCCCCCAGCGCCCCCAACAGAGUCCCACCCUCCCUCCUCCACCGAGAAGCCCACUGGCACCGCCACGCCAUCCACUCCUGUGCCCACCCCCACUGCCCCGCCACUGACGACCACCCUCAGCCUGACCACCAACACCCAGAGCCCGGCCAGCACAACCCCAACCCCCACGGCCACCGUGCCACCCUCCGCUUCACCUGACCACACCGUGCCCACGUCCACACCACGCACCACCAGCUCCCCCCAGCCCACCACCGCCAGCACUCCGACACCCCUCACGCACACGGCCACGGCCACCGUCACGGGCACGCACACCCCUUCCACCACGCCCUCCACCCCCACUCUUCCUGCCUCCACCACCUCCCGCGUCCCGGCUCCACCCACCGGAACCCCCGUCAGGACCACCACCACCUACCCAACCCCACCACACUCCCAGACCCCUCCCACUCCCCAGUCCACACCCGCCACCUCCUCCGUCACGCCAACCUCCCGCACAGUCAGCGCCCCAACAGAGUCCCACCCUCCCUCCUCCACCGAGAAGCCCACUGGCACCGCCACGCCAUCCACUCCUGUGCCCGUCACCGGCACGGUGCCCACCCCCACUGCCCCGCCACUGACGACCACCCUCAGCCUGACCACCAACACCCAGAGCCCGGCCAGCACAACCCCAACCCCCACGGCCACCGUGCCACCCUCCGCUCCACCUGACCACACCGUGCCCACGUCCACACCACGCACCACCAGCUCCCCCCAGCCCACCACCGCCAGCACUCCGACACCCCUCACGCACACGGCCACGGCCACCGUCACGGGCACGCACACCCCUUCCACCACGACGCCUCCACCCCCACUCUUCCUGCCUCCACCACCUCCCGCUCAGCGCCCCAACAGAGUCCCACCCUCCCUCCUCCACCGAGAAGCCCACUGGCACCGCCACGCCAUCCACUCCUGUGCCCGUCACCGCACGGUGCCCACCCCCACUGCCCCGCCACUGACGACCACCCUCAGCCUGACCACCAACACCCAGAGCCCGGCCAGCACAACCCCAACCCCCACGGCCACCGUGCCACCCUCCGCUUCACCUGACCACACCGUGCCCACGUCCACACCACGCACCACCAGCUCCCCCCAGCCCACCACCGCCAGCACUCCGACACCCCUCACGCACACGGCCACGCCACCGUCACGGGCACGCACACCCCUUCCACCACGCCCUCCACCCCCACUCUUCCUGCCUCCACCACCUCCCGCGUCCCGGCUCCACCCACCGGAACCCCGUCAGGACCACCACCACCUACCCAACCCCACCACACUCCCAGAGACCCCUCCCACUCCCCAGUCCACACCCGCCACCUCCUCCGUCACGCCAACCUCCCGCACAGUCAGCGCCCCAACAGAGUCCCCACCCUCCCUCCUCCACCGAGAAGCCCACUGGCACCGCCACGCCAUCCACUCCUGUGCCCGUCACCGGCACGUCAGCGCCCCCAACAGAGUCCCACCCUCCCCCCUCCACGAGAAGCCCACUGGCACCGCCACGCCAUCCACUCCUGUGCCCGUCACCGGCACGGUGCCCACCCCCACUGCCCCGCCACUGACGACCACCCUCAGCCUGACCACCAACACCCAGAGCCCGGCCAGCACAACCCCAACCCCCACGGCCACCGUGCCACCCUCCGCUCCCCUGACCACACCGUGCCCACGUCCACACCACGCACCACCAGCUCCCCCAGCCCACCACCGCCAGCACUCGACACCCCUCACGCACACGGCCACCGCCACCGUCACGGGCACGCACACCCUUCCACCACGCCCUCCACCCCCAUCUUCCUGCCUCCACCACCUCCCGCGUCCCGGCUCCACCCACGGAACCCCCGUCAGGACCACCACACCUACCCAACCCCACCACACUCCAGAACCCUCCCACUCCCCAGUCCACACCCGCCACCUCCUCCGUCACGCCAACCUCCCGCACAGUCAGCGCCCCCCCAACAGAGUCCCACCCUCCCUCCUCACCGAGAAGCCACAUGGCACCGCCACGCCAUCCACUCCGUGCCCGUCACCGGCACGGUGCCCACCCCCAUGCCCCGCCACUGACGACCAACCUCAGCCUGACCACCAACACCAGAGCCCGGCCAGCACAACCCCAACCCCCACGGCCACCGUGCCACCCUCCGCUCCACCUGACCACACCGUGCCCACGUCCACACCACGCACCACCAGCUCCCCCAGCCCACCACCGCCCAGCACUCCGACACCCCUCACGCACACGGCCACCGCCACCGUCACGGGCACGCACACCCCUUCACCACAGCCCUCCACCCCCACUCUUCCUGCCUCCACCACCUCCCGCGUCCCGGCUCCACCCACCGGAACCCCCGUCAGGACCACCACCACCUACCAACCCCACCACACUCCCAGACCCCUCCCACUCCCCAGUCCACACCCGCCACCUCCUCCGUCACGCCAACCUCCCGCACAGUCAGCGCCCCAACAGAGUCCACACCUCCCUCCUCCACCGAGAAGCCCACUGGCACCGCCACGCCAUCCACUCCUGUGCCCGUCACGGCACGGUGCCCACCCCCACGCCCCGCCACUGACGACCACCCUCAGCCUGACCACCAACACCCAGAGCCCGGCCAGCACAACCCCAACCCACGGCCACCGCCACCUCGCUUCCACUGACCACACCGUGCCCACGUCCACACCACGCACCACCAGCUCCCCCCAGCCCACCACCGCCAGCACUCGACACCCCUCACGCACACGGCCACGGCCACCGUCAGGGCACUCAGCGCCCCAACAGAGUCCCACCCUCCCUCCUCACCGAGAAGCCCACUGGCACCGCCACGCCAUCCACCCUGUGCCCGUCACCGGCACGGUGCCCACCCCCACUGCCCCGCCACUGACGACCACCCUCAGCCUGAACACCAACCCAGAGCCCGGCCAGCACAACCCCAACCCCCACGGCCACCGUGCCACCCUCCGCUCUCCACCUGACCACACCGUGCCCACGUCCACCACCGCACCACCAGCUCCCCCAGGCCACCACCGCCAGCACUCCGACACACCCUCACGCACACGGCCACCGCCACCUCCACACCCGCCACCUCCUCCGUCACGCCAACCUCCCGCACAGUCAGCGCCCCCAACAGAGUCCCACCCUCCCUCCUCCAACGAGAAGCCCACUGGCACGCCACGCCAUCCACUCCUGUGCCCGUCACCGGCACGGUGCCCACCCCCACUGCCCGCCACUGACGACCACCUCAGCCUGACCACCAACACCCAGAGCCCGGCCAGCACAACCCCAACCCCCACGGCCACCGUGCCACCCUCCGCUUCACCUGACCACACCCACUCCGACACCCCUACGCACACGGCCACCGCCACCGUCACGGGCACAGCACACCCUUCCACCACGCCCUCCACCCCCACUCUUCCUGCCUCCAACACCUCCCGCGCCGGCUCCACCCACCGGAACCCCCGUCAGGACCACCACCACCUACCCAACCCCACCACACUCCCAGACCCCUCCCACUCCCCAGUCCACACCCGCCACUCCUCCGUCACGCCAACCUCCCGCACAGUCAGCGCCCCAACAGAGUCCCACCCUCCUCCUCCACCGAGAAGCCCACUGGCACCGCCACGCCAUCCACUCCGUGCCCGUCACCGGCACGAGCCCGGCCAGCACAACCCCAACCCCACGGCACCGUGCCACCCUCCGCUCCACCUGACACACACCGUGCCCACGCCACACCCACGCACCACCAGCUCCCCCCAGCCCACCACCGCCAAGCACUCCGACACCCCUCACGCACACGGCCACCGCCACCGUCACGGGCACGCACACCCCUUCCACCACGCCCUCCACCCCCACUCUUCCUGCCUCACCACCUCCGCGUCCGGCUCCACCCACCGGAACCCCGUCAGGACCACCACCACCUACCCACACCCCACCACACUCCCAGACCCCUCCCACUCCCCAGUCCACACCCGCCACCUCCUCCGUCACGCCAACCUCCGCACAGUCAGCGCCCCAACAGAGUCCCACCCUCCCUCCUCCACCGAGAAGCCCACUGGCACCGCCACGCCAUCCACUUGUGCCCGUCACCGGCACGCCCACCACCGCCAGCACUCGACACCCCUCACGCACACGGCCACGGCCACCGUCACGGGCACGCACACCCCCUCCACCACGCCCUCCACCCCCACUCUUCCUGCCUCCACCACCUCCCGCGUCCCGGCUCCACCACCGGAAACCCCCCCACACCCGCCACCUCCUCCGUCACGCCAACCUCCGCACAGUCAGCGCCCCCAACAGAGUCCCACCCUCCCUCCUCCACCGAGAAGCCCACUGGCACGCCACGCCAUCCACUCCUGUGCCCGUCACCGGCACGGUGCCCACCCCCACUGCCCCGCCAUGACGACCACCCUCAGCCUGACCACCAACACCCAGAGCCCGGCACAGCACAACCCCAACCCCCACGGCCACCCACUCCGACACCCCUCACGCACACGGCCACCGCCACCGUCACGGGCACGCACACCCCUUCCACCACGCCCUCCACCCCCCACUCUUCCUGCCUCCACCACCUCCCGCGUCCCGGCUCCACCCACCGGAACCCCCGUCAGGACCACCACCACCUACCCAACCCCACCACACUCCCAGACCCCUCCCACUCCCCAGUCCACACCCGCCACCUCCUCCGUCACGCCAACCUCCCGCACAGUCAGCGCCCCAACAGAGUCCCACCCUCCCUCCUCCACCGAGAAGCCCACUGGCACCGCCACGCCAUCCACUCCUGUGCCCGUCACCGGCACGGUGCCCACCCCCACUGCCCCGCCACUGACGACCACCCUCAGCCUGACCACCAACACCCAGAGCCCGGCCAGCACAACCCCAACCCCCACGGCCACCGUGCCACCCUCCGCUCCACCUGACCACACCGUGCCCACGUCCACACCACGCACCACCAGCUCCCCCCAGCCCACCACCGCCAGCACUCUGACACCCCUCACGCACACGGCCACGGCCACCGUCACGGGCACGCACACCCCCUCCACCACGCCCUCCACCCCCACUCUUCCUGCCUCCACCACCUCCCGCGUCCCGGCUCCACCCACCGGAACCCCCUCCACACCCGCCACCUCCUCCGUCACGCCAACCUCCCGCACAGUCAGCGCCCCAACAGAGUCCCACCCUCCCUCCUCCACCGAGAAGCCCACUGGCACCGCCACGCCAUCCACUCCUGUGCCCGUCACCGGCACGGUGCCCACCCCCACUGCCCCGCCACUGACGACCACCCUCAGCCUGACCACCAACACCCAGAGCCCGGCCAGCACAACCCCAACCCCCACGGCCACCGUGCCACCCUCCGCUUCACCUGACCACACCGUGCCCACGUCCACACCUCGCACCACCAGCUCCCCCCAGCCCACCACCGCCAGCACUCCGACACCCCUCACGCACACGGCCACGGCCACCGUCACGGGCACGCACACCCCCUCCACCACGCCCUCCACCCCCACUCUUCCUGCCUCCACCACCUCCCGCGUCCCGGCUCCACCCACCGGAACCCCCCCCACUGGCACCGCCACGCCAUCCACUCCUGUGCCCGUCACCGGCACGGUGCCCACCCCCACUGCCCCGCCACUGACGACCACCCUCAGCCUGACCACCAACACCCAGAGCCCGGCCAGCACAACCCCAACCCCCACGGCCACCGUGCCACCCUCCGCUUCACCUGACCACACCGUGCCCACGUCCACACCACGCACCACCAGCUCCCCCCAGCCCACCACCGCCAGCACUCCGACACCCCUCACGCACACGGCCACCGCCACCGUCACGGGCACGCACACCCCUUCCACCACGCCCUCCACCCCCACUCUUCCUGCCUCCACCACCUCCCGCGUCCCGGCUCCACCCACCGGAACCCCCGUCAGGACCACCACCACCUACCCAACCCCACCACACUCCCAGACCCCUCCCACUCCCCAGUCCACACCCGCCACCUCCUCCGUCACGCCAACCUCCCGCACAGUCAGCGCCCCAACAGAGUCCCACCCUCCCUCCUCCACCGAGAAGCCCACUGGCACCGCCACGCCAUCCACUCCUGUGCCCGUCACCGGCACGGUGCCCACCCCCACUGCCCCGCCACUGACGACCACCCUCAGCCUGACCACCAACACCCAGAGCCCGGCCAGCACAACCCCAACCCCCACGGCCACCGUGCCACCCUCCGCUCCACCUGACCACACCGUGCCCACGUCCACACCACGCACCACCAGCUCCCCCCAGCCCACCACCGCCAGCACUCCGACACCCCUCACGCACACGGCCACCGCCACCGUCACGGGCACGCACACCCCUUCCACCACGCCCUCCACCCCCACUCUUCCUGCCUCCACCACCCUCCCGCGUCCCGGCUCCACCCACCGGAACCCCCUCAGCGCCCCCAACAGAGUCCCACCCUCCCUCCUCCACCGAGAAGCCCACUGGCACUGCCACGCCAUCCACUCCUGUGCCCGUCACCGGCACGGUGCCCACCCCCACUGCCCCGCCACUGACGACCACCCUCAGCCUGACCACCAACACCCAGAGCCCGGCCAGCACAACCCCAACCCCCCACGGCCACCGUGCCACCCUCCGCUCCACCUGACCACACCCACUCCGACACCCCUCACGCACACGGCCACCGCCACCGUCACGGGCACGCACACCCCUUCCACCACGCCCUCCACCCCCACUCUUCCUGCCUCCACCACCUCCCGCGUCCCGGCUCCACCCACCGGAACCCCCGUCAGGACCACCACCACCUACCCAACCCCACCACACUCCCAGACCCCUCCCACUCCCCAGUCCACACCCGCCACCUCCUCCGUCACGCCAACCUCCCGCACAGUCAGCGCCCCAACAGAGUCCCACCCUCCCUCCUCCACCGAGAAGCCCACUGGCACCGCCACGCCAUCCACUCCUGUGCCCGUCACCGGCACGGUGCCCACCCCCACUGCCCCGCCACUGACGACCACCCUCAGCCUGACCACCAACACCCAGAGCCCGGCCAGCACAACCCCAACCCCCACGGCCACCGUGCCACCCUCCGCUCCACCUGACCACACCGUGCCCACGUCCACACCACGCACCACCAGCUCCCCCCAGCCCACCACCGCCAGCACUCCGACACCCCUCACGCACACGGCCACGGCCACCGUCACGGGCACGCACACCCCCUUCCACCACGCCCUCCACCCCCACUCUUCCUGCCUCCACCACCUCCCGCGUCCCGGCUCCACCCACCGGAACCCCCUCAGCGCCCCAACAGAGUCCCACCCUCCCUCCUCCACCGAGAAGCCCACUGGCACCGCCACGCCAUCCACUCCUGUGCCCGUCACCGGCACGAGCCCGGCCAGCACAACCCCAACCCCCACGGCCACCGUGCCACCCUCCGCUCCACCUGACCACACCGUGCCCACGUCCACACCACGCACCACCAGCUCCCCCCAGCCCACCACCGCCAGCACUCCGACACCCCUCACGCACACGGCCACCGCCACCGUCACGGGCACGCACACCCCUUCCACCACGCCCUCCACCCCCACUCUUCCUGCCUCCACCACCUCCCGCGUCACGGCUCCACCCACCGGAACCCCCCUCAGCGCCCCAACAGAGUCCCACCCUCCCUCCUCCACCGAGAAGCCCACUGGCACCGCCACGCCAUCCACUCCUGUGCCCGUCACCGGCACGGUGCCCACCCCCACUGCCCCGCCACUGACGACCACCCUCAGCCUGACCACCAACACCCAGAGCCCGGCCAGCACAACCCCAACCCCCACGGCCACCGUGCCACCCUCCGCUCCACCUGACCACACCGUGCCCACGUCCACACCACGCACCACCAGCUCCCCCCAGCCCACCACCGCCAGCACUCCGACACCCCUCACGCACACGGCCACCGCCACCGUCACGGGCACGCACACCCCUUCCACCACGCCCUCCACCCCCACUCUUCCUGCCUCCACCACCUCCCGCGUCCCGGCUCCACCCACCGGAACCCCCGUCAGGACCACCACCACCUACCCAACCCCACCACACUCCAGACCCCUCCCACUCCCCAGUCCACACCCGCCACCUCCUCCGUCACGCCAACCUCCCGCACAGUCAGCGCCCCCAACAGAGUCCCACCCUCCCUCCUCCACCGAGAAGCCCACUGGCACCGCCACGCCAUCCACUCCUGUGCCCGUCACCGGCACGGUGCCCACCCCCACUGCCCCGCCACUGACGACCACCCUCAGCCUGACCACCAACACCCAGAGCCCGGCCAGCACAACCCCAACCCCCACGGCCACCGUGCCACCCUCCGCUCCACCUGACCACACCGUGCCCACGUCCACACCACGCACCACCAGCUCCCCCCAGCCCACCACCGCCAGCACUCCGACACCCCUCAUGCACACGGCCACCGCCACCGUCACGGGCACGCACACCCCUUCCACCACGCCCUCCACCCCCACUCUUCCUGCCUCCACCACCUCCCGCGUCACGGCUCCACCCACCGGAACCCCCGUCAGGACCACCACCACCUACCCAACCCCAACCAACCCCGAGACACUUCCGAUUAUCGAAUCCACACCCGCCACCUCCUCCGUCACGCCAACCUCCCGCACAGUCAGCGCCCCAACAGAGUCCCACCCUCCCUCCUCCACCGAGAAGCCCACUGGCACCGCCACGCCAUCCACUCCUGUGCCCGUCACCGGCACGGUGCCCACCCCCACUGCCCCGCCACCGACAAGCACCCUAACCCUGACCACGCACCCCCACAUCCCUUUCAGUACCUCCUCCAUCUCCACCUCCCUCGGGAGCCUGUCUCCAUCAUCUCCCCAAAGCUCUACCUUCAGCCCUCUGUUCUCCUCUCCCACCUCCCGCUUUCCCAGCCAAAUCCCUUUCAGCACUUCUGUCCCUGGGUCCCGGCCUCCACCUCCCUCUUCCUCCUCGUCCUCCUCCUCCACACGCCCCCCACUGCACACCACGUCCCCGUCUUCUUCUCUCUCGUCCUCCCACACCCCUCCUUCAUUCGCAUCUUCGUCCUCAUCUUCCUCUUCUCUUUCCACUUCCGCUCUGCACAGCCCUUCCCUGUCCACCCCCGUGACCACAUCCCACACAGUCUCUCUGUCCACCACCCCCUCUGCCCCAGCCGCCUCCACGCCCACCUCCUCCUCCCUGUCGCCUCCGUCCCACCCCACGCUCCCCACCUCCACUCUGCCCAUCACGAGUCCUCUGUCCAUCUCUUCCACCCUGUCCCCUGUCCCCGCUUCCAGCACCGUAGCCCUGUCCACACCCAGGACCACAGCCAGCAGCCCCGCUUCCCCCACUGUGUCCUCGCGGUCCACCACCUCUCAGUCCACCUCCCUCACCACCCGCGCCCCCGACCUCAGCCUCCUGUCCUCCACCUUGCGGGUGACAACCACCCCGAUUUCUCCGGCCACCAACUUCACCACCAGACAGCCCAGCACCACCAGGCGGCUGACCACUGCUUCUCUGAGCAGCUCCGUCACUGUGCAGCCAAGCUCCCCACUCUCCUCCACGGGCCUCUCCACGUCCUCGCUCAGCACCUCUCUCCCCAGCUCCCCAGGGUCUUGCAGCGUGAAGGAGUUCGAGGAGGAGGUCACCUACCAGGGGUGCACAGCCAACGUGACAAUGACCCGCUGCGAGGGCGUCUGCGCCUCCUCAGCCAGCUUCAACACGGACACCCUGCAAGUGGACACCCGCUGUGGCUGCUGCUACCCCGUCAGCUCCCAUGAGCAGCAGCUCGUGCUGCCCUGCGCCGACCCUGGGGCGCAGGGCCAGCCGUUGACGCUCACGCUGCAGGUGUUCCUCCGCUGCGAGUGCCGCCCCCAGCACUGCUCGGGCUAGAGGCCGCCCGCCGCCCGGCCUCGCCCUCGCCCUCGCCCCCGCCCUCGGAGGAGGCUCAGAGGGCCAGCCCUACAGCUCCCGCCCAGG